AUGCUUCCAAGUGACAAUAAUUCGCAAUCGCACAAACCAUAUCCAGUAACUUGCAGAGACAUGCGAUUCAACGCGCAAUAUCAAGAGUGGAAACUGGCCAUGAGUAAAAAAAGACAGAAAAAUGAACCUGUACAAACCGCUAAUAUCACAAAAAAGGCAACCACAAAAAAUUAUUGGUUAGAUCCGAUACCAACCAAUAACUAUUAUAAUGCAUUACAAUCGGUAGCUCCGGAAAACGACAAAAUGUACGAACAGCCUUCAACUUCAGCGCCUCCAGUGGAAAAAGUAGUAACUCCGCCACCGAUUUUUGUACAUGUGGUCAAUGAUAUAAAACCUCUAAUAGAAUUGCUAGAAAAUAAUGUUCAGAAACUGUAUUCAUACAAGACCGUUGGUUUGAAGGAAGUUCAAAUUAAUACCAAGGAUCCCCACACAUACAAUACUGUCCUCAAAUUAUUGAAAGACAAAGGUACUCAACUUCACUCAUACCAGGAAAAAACAAAAAGGGCAUUUAAAAUUGUAAUCAAAAAUCUUCACCAUAGUACAGUCAUCGAAAUCUUGUCAAAAGAAAUCUCAGAUCUUGGGCAUAAGCAAAUAAACUCAGGCGUACCACAGGGAAGCGUUUUGGGUCCCACAUUAUUUUUAUUAUUUACCUCAGACAUGCCUACCAUAGCUGACACCAACAUCGCCACUUUUGCAGAUGUUAUCUGCAUUCUAUCGAAACACGAAUGCCCUACAGCUGCGUCUAACGCCCUGCAACAGCAUUUAAAUUUAGUAGAAAUGUGUGUCGUUCAGUGCAAGCAAACAGGAACUUUCCUCUGUGAUAAACUUUGUGAGAAGCUACUGAAUUGCCAACUACAUCACUGUCAGGAUUUGUGUCAUGAAGAGGAAUGUAAGAAAUGUGAAGAUCUAAUUUUACAAGAAUGCUACUGUGGACAUCAGAAUCAAGAAGUCAGGUGUACAUCCGAAACUGCUUGGAGGAAGAAAUAUAGUUGUGGACAAAUAUGCGGUCGAAUGCUCGAUUGCAAAAAUCACACUUGUCUUGAAAUAUGUCACAGUGGAGAUUGUAAGCCAUGUAUAUUGACGCCAGAUAAAAUUUCUAGCUGUCCUUGCGGUAGGGCGCCGCUAUCAAGCGAUAGUCGCCAAACUUGCUUAGAUCCAAUACCUUUGUGCGAAGCAAUUUGUGAAAAACCUUUAGCCUGUGGACUAGCUGAUGACCCUCAUAAGUGUACCAAGAUAUGUCAUGAAGGAUCUUGCUCCGAAUGUCCAUUGGAAACCUUAGUGCGUUGCCGGUGUGGCCAUAUGGAUAUCCAAGUUAAAUGUACAAGCCUGUCUACAAGCACUGAAACAAGAUGUCUCAAAAAAUGUACAAAGAAACGGGAUUGCGGUAAACACAAAUGUAAUGAACCUUGCUGUAUUAUACAAGAGCAUAUUUGUCCACUACCAUGCAGACGUAUGCUAUCUUGCGGACAACACCGUUGCGAGAGCAACUGUCACAAGGGACGUUGUGACCCAUGCUGGCGUUCAAGUUUUGAUGAGCUGACAUGUGAAUGUGGCUACAGCAUAAGGUAUCCACCCAUUCCAUGUGGCGCCCGCAAACCAACUUGUGAUCAAGUUUGCUCAAGACAACACUCAUGUAGUCAUCCCGUUCUUCAUACAUGUCAUAGUGAAGCCGAAUGUCCACCAUGUACCGUUCUAUGUUCCAAGUGGUGUUUUGGUAAACAUGAGAUGCGCAAAACUAUCCCCUGCCACCAAAAGGAUUUUUCAUGCGGCCGUCCAUGCGGAAAAGAAUUACCAUGUGGUAAGCAUUCAUGUCUCUUGCCCUGUCACAAAGGUGCAUGUCUACAAGACGGGAAGACCUGUAGUCAACCAUGUGCUACGCCUCGUUCUUCUUGCAAUCAUCCUUGUCGUAGCCCUUGCCAUGAAGGUAUUUGCCCAGACACACCUUGCAAAGAAAAGGUAUUGGUUUCAUGUCAAUGUAAACUCCGUUCCACAACCAGAACAUGUUCAGAAACGUCGCGCGAUUAUCAACGAAUCGCUUCAAGCUUAUUGGCUUCUAAAAUGGCGGAAAUGCAGAGAGGGGCUACAAUUGACAUUCAAGACAUUCUUAAUAAUCGUAAUGUUAAUUUAAAAACAUUGGAGUGUACUGAAGAGUGUCGCCUGGCCGAACGCAAUAGGCGAAUGAUGUUAGGUUUGCAAAUCAAGAAUCCUAAUACAAGUACUAAGUUACACCCACGUUAUUCUGAUUUUUUAAAACAAUGGGCUAGGAAAGAUUCUUGUUUCAUUAGCAAUAUUCAUGAUAAGCUAACUGAGUUGGUUCGUCUAUCUAGACAGUCAAAGCAAAAAUUCCGGUCAUAUUCAUUUCCAGUUAUGAACAAAGAAAAGCGGCAAGUUGUACAUGAGAUGUGCGAACAGUUUGGCGUGGAGAGCCAAGCCUACGAUCCGGAACCAAAUCGAAAUGUAGUAGCAACCGCAGACAAAGAAAAGUGUUGGCUUCCAAGUAUGAGCGUUUUAGAAGUAAUCCAACGUGAAAGCGGCCAAAGAAAAGUUCCUGUACCAUCCUUCAUUUUCAAAUCAGUACGCCAUGAUUGA